GAGGACACCACCGAGUGAGGAUCGCCGGCCGGGGCGUGCUAUGGAAUCAUGACGUCGGCAGAUGAGGCCGAAGAGCUGGAGAAGGCUGUCCGGCACUACGCCGCUGACAAAACAUGGAGCUGGACCCGUCAGACCAUGAACUACGUGGGCCAGUUGGCGGGUCAGGUCUUCGUGCAGGUGAAAGAACUGUACCGAGGCCUGAACCCGGCCACCUUGUCGGGCUGCAUCGACGUGAUCGCGGUCCGACGCCCCGACGGCUCCCUGCGCUGCUCGCCUUUUCACGUCCGCUUCGGCAAGUCGGGCGUCCUGAGCUCGCGAGAGAAAGUGGUGGACAUGGAGAUCAACGGAGAGCCGGUGGAUCUGCACAUGAAGCUCGGAGAUAACGGGGAGGCCUUCUUUGUCCGAGAAAUGGAAAACAAUCGGGAAGCGCUUCCCUCCCACCUGGCCACCUCCCCCAUCCCGUGGGACGGGUUCCUUCUCUCCGGGCCGCCCGCGCAGAACCCGGGCUCGGCCGGCACCGCCGCCAAUAAGAAGAGACGGAAGAGGAGGAGGAGGAAAGCCCGGCCCGACGACGGCUACUCGGAGGUCUUCGCCAUCGACAUCACUUCUGACGAGGAGUUGGAGAGCGAGAGCGAGCCCGCUCUUUUGAGGGAAGCCGCUGCGGUCAAGCCAUCGGCCGUCUACGCUCGCUCUGACGGCGACUGGAGUCCCCUUCACAGCCCCAGGAACUGGCGUCCCGCUUCUCCCAAAAGCGACUCGGAGCUGGCGACCGAGACGUCCCGAGAUUCGGCCGUGCGCUGGGCGUGGGGGGAGCUGCCGCAGCCUGCUGCUCCAUCCUUCCUCUCCGCAAAUCCCGAGUCGCCGCCCCCGCCUGUCAUGUUCGGAGCCGCCCCCUGCGAAGCGUCGUCACCGGGUCGCUGGCGGUCGGAGCCUGUCACUGCCGCAACGGAGACAGACACUUCUGAGACGGGGUCGUCGGCCGGAAAGACCGACCCUCGGUCCGAGAAAAAAGACAAAAGGAGCCGUCACCUGGGCGCCGAUGGCGUUUACUUGGACGACCUGACGGAGCUGGAGCCCGAAGUGGCCGCCUUGUAUUUCCCAAAAAGCGGCGGCGAAGCGACAGGGAGGAGCCCGUCCCCUCGGUCGCUAAGCUCCGGCGGGGACAGCGGCGCGGACGGCCCGACGGGAGACCUGCCGGCCGUCGCCAUCUCGUUGUGUGGCGGCCUCGACGACGACAAGGAGAUUGGCCAAGAGCGCUUCCGCGCCGAGAUGGUCUCGUACCAGCGGUUCGCCCGCGACCCGGCGGUCAUCGACGAUCCCGACCUGGUGGUCAAGAUCGGCUCCAAAUACUAUAAUUGGAGCACGGCCGCGCCCAUCGUGCUGGCCAUGCAGGCCUUCCGCAAACCUCUGCCAAAGGCCGCCGUGGAGGACAUCGUGAAGGAGAAGAUGCCCAAGAAGGGAAGGAGGUGGUGGUUCUCGUGGCGAGGCCAAAACGGCAAAUCAGAUUCACUGUCGGAACGCGGGCUCCGCGGCUCUGCCCGACGGACAGAAGAGUCAUCGUCCGCCGACGAAGAUGGCGAGGCGGGCCGACGCGGCGCGCGAUAUAAAAAGACGCUCCGUUUGGAUUCGGAGCAGCUGAGGUCGCUGCGGCUGCGCGAAGGUCCCAACCGGGUGGUCUUCAGCGUGACUACGCAGUACCAAGGGACGCGCCGUUGUCAGGGAACCAUCUACCUCUGGAACUGGGACGACAAGAUGGUGAUCUCGGACCUCGACGGGACCGUCGCCAGAUCGGACACGCAGGGCCACAUCCUGCCCACCUUGGGCAAAGACUGGACCCACCGGGGCAUCGCGCAGCUCUACCACAAAGUCAGCCAGAACGGCUACAAGAUCUUGUACUGCUCGGCCCGCGUCGUCGGUACGGCGGACGGCUACCUGCGCCGGGUCGACGAGAGGGGCGCCGUGUUGCCCGCGGGGCCCGUCUUGCUCUGCCCUGGCGGCCUCUUUUCCGCUCCGCGGAGGGAAGUGUUUGAAAAGAAGCCUGAAAAGUUCAAGGUGGAAUGUCUGAGCGACAUCAGGAACCUUUUCUACCCCAACACGCAGCCUUUCUACGCAGCUUUCGGGAGCAGGCCCACGGACGCCUUUUCCUACAAGGAAGUCGGGGUGCCUCUUAACAGGAUUUUCACCGUCAACCCCCAAGGGGAGCUGGUGCGGGAGAACGCCGAGACCGACGUCUCACCGUACGUCCGUUCCGUGGAGGAGGCGGACCACGUCUUCCCCUCGCCCUCGGACUUCCCCUGCGCGGCAACGGACGCCUACGGCCACUUUGCCGACUGGAGGCGACAGCUCUCCCUGCCGGACCGUGCGGCGGCUCACGCCUCGUAGUCGUCGUCCCGUCGUGCGCUUUGUGACCGAAUCGCGGGUUGAACCCGAGGGUCCGAGUCCUCUGUCGUCAUGACGAAAAUCCGUCAGCAGAGAGCGCUAUUGACGCAGAUCAUCAGAGAGGGGAAAAAAGAGGGAAAUGACUAGCCCCGUCAUUCAUUUCACAAGCAUUAGUGAUUUUUACACUUGGUCUGGAAUCCUUUCAUGUCAUGUUUUUUUUUUUGUAUA